GAAUAUGGAGUCUUUCCUCUGGGAUGACUUUGGUCCUAUGAUACAGAACAGGGCCAUGGAACAAAUCAUUACACCGAUGACCAUCCAGCUCUGUCAUCUGCUCAUCUCUGUGGAGAUGAAAGAGGUACAGAGUAAAGCGCUCGCCUCCUUGCGGAAGGCGGCGGGACAGCUGGCCAGUGCCAGCGAGGAGUUUGUGCAUGUCGCCAGCAGGCUGGCAGGAGACUGCGAGGAGGAGUGGCUCAGGGAAGAAAUGAAGCCAGUGGCGGAGUCUCUGCGGCUCUCCGGGAGGAGCAUCCUGCUGGUAACUCAGAAGCUCCACCUGCAGCCGGAGCAGCAGCGCCACUGGGAGGAGCUAGUGGCCGCCGCUCAGCAGAUCCUGGUGGACACCACCAAGGUCCUGCUCCUUGAGGACGCUGCAAUGGUGAGAAAGACCGUGCCCGCGGCCAGUUGGUGUCUGACGUGCCUGGACGCCCUGGAGACGGCGCAGGACGCCACCUCGUCGCGGGCCUCACUCGCUGACCUGGCAGCUGGGCUGCUGCGACUGGGCGGCCUGACCUCGCGCUGGGCCCGGGACGAGCGCCUGGGGCGAGCCCGCCACAGGCUCGGGAGCUGCGUCCCCGCGCUGCUCGCGGCCACCCGCGGCCACCUCCGGCACCCGAGCGAUCCGCAGCUGAGGGCCUCGCGGCGCCGCGUUUUCGCCCUGACCAGGCAGAGCCUCGGCGACCUCCUGGAUGUGCUGCAGCCCGGAGUCCCAGGGCCCAGCGCCAGCUCUCAGAAUGGCGCGUUGGCUCGUUGUCUGUGGAAGCUGCGGCAGGUCCUGGAAGAGCCCGGGCCCAGCCGCCUGCGCGGCGGUGGGCUGCUGGACGCACCCCUGGCCGCCGUGGUGUGGCACUGCCUGCGCCUAGCCGCCUGCUCCUCGCCGCGGGAGAGGGUGCACCUGGUGUCCCGCUGCCGCCAGCUGUUGCAGCUCCGACCCGGGGUGCGCCCGCCUGCCCGGAGCAGCUCGGGGAUGGAAGGAGAAGCUCUGCGGGCCGCGGCGCACGCGCUCUUCCGGGGAGUCCGCGAGGGGUUACUGCGCCAGAUUCUGCACACGUUCAUAGACACCCAAGGUCCUCUCGAGCGGUUGGUCCAGGCCGCCUUGAUGACUUCCGCCAUUAGGCCCAGGUGUGACAGCGAAGCCUUGGCCAAGACUCUCCAGCUUCUUCUUGAGGCUUUCCACGACCAAGCCAAGCGGAUGAUCCGAGUGGCGCACUUAGUCUGGCUCUGCUGCCCACAAAGGCAAGCAGGCAAAGACCUGGAGGCUGCCGUGGCAGGUCUGUGGAGGCUAAUGGUCAAAGCAAAAGAACUCUUUUCACCAAGUCCCCAAACAUACGGCCUGGACUGGAGCCCUGCCACCCUGCGGGCCUUGCUUGAGUCCUGGGCCAGGGAAUCCGAACACCUCUUGGCAUGCUUUGAUUUCGUUCUCAACAUUCCUGAAUUCCUGAGUCUGUCCAUCCAGGAAAUGACUGAACACUUGGAUUUGUACACAAGGGCUCUGAGGAGCGGCUCGCCCAGAGAGCUUUCCAGAUCUGUGGCGUUCCUACGCGGAAGAGCCACACACAUAGUGCAGGUGAUGAGCAGAUAUGUGGGUCAAGACCCAGAUCCUAUUUUCCGGAACGGGAUGAGAGUCAUGGUUCGGCAGCUGGCGCAGUCUUCCUUGGUCCUGGGUGCAGCCGCUGAAGGCAGCAGAGGUGCAGACAGCGCUCUGGACACAGACGCCUUUUUAACCAUGGCAAAACAUCUCAUCCAUUCAGCCCAGCAAGUCCACGAGGGGCUGGAUGGCACCAACCACCCAGACAUCCUCAGCCCGCUCCGGGUCCAAGUCCAAAGGUUUGACGUUGCCAAGGGAUGGUCUUACUUCAUUCUCCCCAGUCCCCAGCACCCCACAGCUCCUGAAGUGAAAUCCCAGCAGGUACCUGGGUUAGAGGGAAGUGGCCCCAACACCUCUUUCCUACCAGCAGAACAACUUUCCUACACAGUGGUCCCUGACACCUGCAUACCGGGGUGGGGAUCUCCACUCUUUGCCAUCAGCAAAGUCAUCAGUACUGUGGAGAACUGGGAUCACCAGGCAGUGAGCUCAUCAGGCACCCACACAUCAGAGCAGGAUUCUACUGUCCAAGAGCCCCAGGCUGGGGGUCCCCUGGGACCAGGGAGGAUGACAAGAGUACAAGAAUCCUCAACACUGGCACCUUCCGUUAUUGACCUAGCCGGGGAGGAAGUCCAUGCCACAGAUGCUAGAAGUGACAGGCUUCUGAGAGUGGCUUUCCAGAAAUCCGGGAGGGCCAAGGAAGCCAGGCAGGGAUUGGUAGCCAGGGCUGGUGACUGGUACCCUCUGUGUCGACAGCUGUUUUGCCAUAGCCUAACGGCCGAAUUACCAGGGAGCAUGGCAACAUUUGGUGAGCUUCAGCAGGAUUUGGCCCUGAUGGUUCAAACAGCAGCCAAAAGUGGCCCUGUGAAUUUCGACGAGAAGAGCCCAGACCCAACAGGGUACCCGGGAGUGCUUUUAGAUCUACAAGACAGAUCGAAAAAGGCAGAGAUCCAUGCUAAACAGCUGUUGGAUCAAGUUGUGUCCUCUGGAGGUCUCCAAGCCCUCGCGGUGAGGGAAGAGAACAUUGACAAUGGGUGUCUUCUAUGGGCAGUAGCUGUCCAGGACCUGAUGCAGUGUAUGGAGAGACUCAGCAGGAGACAAGGCCUGUUCCUGCUGCCCCUGCGACAGGCAGUGAAGAGCCAGCAAAGGUUGCAGGAAGGGUUAGAUCAGGCAGUAGAUGUUUCUCAGAGGUUACAAGAGGCCGCUGGGCUGUCUGUUGUUCUGUGUGGGGAUGAGCAGGUAAAGGGUGAAGUCUCCUUUCUGUGUCGGGAAGUUCACGUACUCACAGACGCCUUGCUGGACGUGGCACACAUCUUGGUCUCCUCCCCCAAGCCAUGUCCCAGCCUCUCUACCCGUUUUGAACUUCUCUGCUUAGAACUCAGCCUUCGAGCCAAGGCCCUGACUGACCACCUGAGCAGCAUCAAUGCAGCGUAUGAGCAUACGUUCCAAGAUGCUGUGGACAAGAGCUCCCAGACCAGGAUGGAGAGCAUGCUGUCUGCCAUCCAAGCUGUGCAGGAAACCGUAGCAGGGGCUCAAGAGUUGGGACCCUUCCAGGAAGACCUUCUUGCAUCUCUAGACAGCAUUCUCAUGCUCACUAAGGAGGUGGCCAAGAGGGUCCCUGUGCUCCAAGAGGAGCAGGGGUUGUAUAUGCUGGACUGCCUUCGGUGCGAAUGGGCAGCUAAGGUCCACCAUGCAGUGACUCAGCUCCAGGCCUUGGAAGGUGGUCACAUGGAGGCCUGGAGACCCCUUGUCCAAUGCUUGAAACCCAGAGAGGAGCCAGCAAAGGCCCUAGAAGAGAAUCCUGUCCAGCUCCAGCCCCGCUGUAAAGAUGGUACAGCAGAAACCACUUCUGGGAGCAGUGUGGAUUCUCAGGGCGCUGUUCCCGCAGGCACCCCAGAAAACUCAAUGGAGACCUGUGAUGAUGAGCCAGUUACCACCACCAAGAUCACCACAGCAGACAUCACUAUGCACCAGAGUGACAGCCCCUCUCUGCCUCCUGCUCAGAUGGACCAGCCUGGCCAGGAGGAUGGCAGUGCAGACAGUGAGAACAGAAUCGCCCAGAUCACACAAGAGAUGGCCAGCGAGGUGUUCCUGAUGGCUCAGAGCUUGAGGAAGAGAGGGCGAGGCCUGACCAAAGAUCAACUCAUCGCCACUGCCAGGAAAAUCGCAGCUUCUGGAAAAAACUUCACCAGGCUCAUUUGCAUCAUUGCUAAGAACUGCAUAGACCAGAGAUGCACCCAGGAGCUUCUGUGUAUGGUGGAACAGGUUCAAACCAUGAGCAGCCAGCUCAGCAUCAUCUCCAGUGUAAAGGCCUCCCUGGAGAGAAGCAAGUCUUCUGAGGAGCUCCUUGUGGACAAUGCACAGCGGCUCCUCCAGGCUGUCUCCAAGACUGUGAGGGCUGCAGAAGCCGCCUGUCUUCGGGGUUUAAGCUGGCCCUCCUCAGAUCCAGAGGAGCUGGAGGUUGCUGCCUUCUGCACACGGUGGAAGAAGAAGCUGCUACAGCACCGACGUCAAGAAGCCUUGAACGAAGACUGUGAUGAGCUGGGCUUACGAAAAGCGGGCACAAAGAACCCCCCAGAAUUGGUGUCCCUGCUUCAAGAAGCAGUAUAAAAGCUGAGGAAUAUCCUCCAGGUCAGCCCAUGUUAGCCAAUGCUUUGGACACACCUGUAGCUUGGACUGAAUCUGAGGGGUGUGUGUGCCCAGGGCACUGAUGGAAACUGAACAGGGAAUGCUCCUGUCCGUAUGUGAUAGAGGAAUUUUAAAGAGCGGCAGACAGAAAGUGAGUGUGAAUGUACUUUGAAGAGAAUCAUGCCCUUUUUUGUUUGUUUGUCCCAUCCAUUCUUUCACUGUUCUGUUCAUUUUUAAAGCACCUUAUUAAUUUAUAUGUCAUAUCAUCCAUACAUUUAAAGUAUACCCUUUAAUGCUCACAGAUUUAUGCAAGAAUCAGCACAGUUAGCUCUAGGAUAUUUCACUCAUCCCCAAGAAAGUCUCUUUUGUGGUCUUCUCCUCCUACCCUAGCCUAGUUGCUGUUAAUUACUUUCUGUAUAUUUUUUUAUAGAUUGGACAGUUCCUAUAAAUAGAAAAGUGGUUCCGUGUGUUGUUUCUGUAUGUGUUUGUGCACAUGCACUGUGUGUGUUACUUACGUUGCUUAGCAUAACUUUUGAAAGUGCAUUUAUAUUGGUACUUUACUUCUCUCUGCCUAAUAUUUCCAUUGUAUGGGCAAACCUCACUUUACAUUUGGGUUCUUCCCAAUUUUGACUAUUGUGAAAAAUAAAACUACC